AUGGCCUCACCAUCAGGAAGCGGAGGCUGGGCCCAGCUGCGCCAGCAGGCACGCUCAUUAGAAAACCAGUUCUCUACAGGGUCCAACAUACCGCCCAAACCCUCACCGGAGGAGCGUGAAGUAGAAGCGAAGCUAGAGGAUGUGCUCAACAAGCGCGAGAAUGUCAUCGCUCAGCUCGGCCGACUCCUGGAUUCAGAAGCAUCCCUCAACACCUCCGCCCUCAAGCAAAACAACCUGGCACUGCUCCGAGAGAAGCUUGCCUCUCACCGCCGCGACUUCACCCGCCUCAAGUCCACGCUGCAGCAAGCCCGCAAUCGCGCCAACCUCCUGAGCAACGUCCGGUCCGACAUUGACGAGUACCGAGCCAACAACCCCGAGGCCGCCGAGGCCGACUACAUGCUGGAUGAGCGGAAUCGCAUCGACAGGAGCAACGAUGUGACGGACAGCGUCCUCAGCCAGGCGUAUGCCAUCAACGAGAGCUUCAUUGUGCAGAGAGAGACGUUGGCGAGCAUCAAUCGAAGGAUAACAAUGGCCGCUAGCAAAGUGCCGGGCAUCAACUCCAUCAUUGGACGCAUCACAAGCAGAAAGAGGAGGGACGGGAUUAUCAUGGGGACUUUUAUCGCGAUGUGUUUCAUCGUCUUCUUUUGGCUCAGGUAA